GGAACGACGCCUCGUGUGAUCACAUAUUUCAGAUGCAGCCGCCAGAAGCUGUUUCAGAGAUGACUCUCCUGUGUGUGUGACGCGGUCCGACAACAGGCGCCGCCGGGGGUGCCAGCGCAGGAGACGCAUGGGGCUGGAGGGAGACCCCCGCAGCCGCAGAGUCGAGAAGAGUUUGGAAAAGGCUCAAUCCGUGCCGUCGCCGAUGGAGUUCGCAGCGCGCCUCGCACAGCCAAUCCGCGCGCGAGCUCGUCCGGAGCCCGAGCUCAGUGUGCCACUGUGCGUAAAAUCUACCUGUCAGACGCAGCGGCGGUGCCACGGCGGCGCAGAGAGCCCGGCGAGCGAAGUCCAUUCCUGCACACCCGGAAUCAGCACCCUGUUCGACGGACAGCAUAUGUUGCGCGAAGGAUGGCGUAUCCCCCCCCCACCCCACCCCAAAACAACCUGGUAAUGUGAAGUAAGAGAGGUGUGUCCGUCCGGCUCCGUCGACUCAGUUGCGACGAGGAACGAUGCUGAACGAACCUGCUGGAGAUUUUCAACCACAGCUGCCGGACUGCAAAAUCUUUCUUGGACUCCAUCCUCUGAUCCACUCGACAUCUGAACCCGCCCCUCAUCAUGGAGAGCCUCAGUGAGCUCCAGAACCCUCUUCUGGACAAAACCAGCAGACACGUGGUCCACAACGACUACCAGGGUUACCAGUGUGACUACCCGAGCCAGCCUUACCAGGACAGCCUCAUCGGCUACUACUACACCGGGACUAAUGGCAAGCACAAGACUCAGCAGUUCCUGGACGCGACGUCCCUGCAUCUAGCGGUGGAGGCCUUUUACAGGCCCAACUUCAUCCUGUACAAAGACGACGUGAGCCUCCACAGCAAGGACUCCAAGAGCGAGAGCUUCGAGACCACGUUCACAGAGAGCAAGGACACUGUGCCGGAGGGAGCGACGACAGGAAACACACAAGGGGAGAAGGAUGCGAAGAUCCAGACGGUGUCGUACGAGGUGGAGGACGAGCAGGGUCCCGAGUAUGAGAGUGACAGCUCCAGUGACAGUGAGAGUGAGGACAACUUCAUCGUGCUGCCCCCUCGGGACUACCUGGGCCUAGCCAUCUUCUCUAUGCUCUGCUGCUUCUGGCCCUUGGGCAUCUUUGCCUUUUACUACUCACACAAGACUGGCAAGGCCAUCGCUAAGGGAGACUUCUCCAGAGCAGGGAUGAGCUCCAGAAGAGCCCUGUUCCUGGUUGCUCUUUCCAUUACCAUUGGGACAGGGAUGUAUGUGGGGGUGGUUGUGGCCCUCAUAGCUUACCUGUCCAAGCCUGGACACGUAUAACAAUGGAACCAGCUUGCUACGGGGGGGGGGGACGACGACGGACGACACAGCGAGUGAGAGGAGGCAAGAUAGGACGAAGGUUGGACAGUUUUCUUCGCCUCCCUUGAAGGCAUGUGCCUGAGCUGCUGCCGGCUGUCUGCGUGACGAAGCUAUCUGAAGAGAAACGACUGAACCAGAGAGAGAAGAAGAAGAAGAAGAAGAAGAAGAAGAAGCGUGGAUGGAGUAUUACUUUGACUGCAUAUUGAUCUGGACUGAAUCUUUAUUUAUGGGAUGCGAUAAGGUAUUCCACCACCAUCACAAGAAGAAGAAAAGACUAUAGUGCUGAAAAAAAUGACUACUCUUCCACAAAGACUUACUGUGUUAGAAGAAAUCUGAGCUAAUAACAGUAACAAACUACCUACCUUUUAAAACAUUAGUCCUUUACAGCAUUUCUAUUUUACCUUUACAGUAGAUGUGUUUUCUGUCACUAUUACAGAUUGUGUACCGUCCACUUUGUAAAUUAAUUUCUUCGAAAAACAAUCAGCCAGUGGGUUUAUAUGUUUGUCUGUUCAAGGAAUAAACUGGGAAAUUGAUGCAGGCGGUAAAAAGGGGCCCUUAACAGAAAGAUACUAAGAGUGUACACAAAGCUGCUGAGCAGUGGUCAAGAGGGUUAGUUGUGUUUAUUGUGUACUGUAUAUUUAGUCAAUAAAUACGUUUGGCAUGAAUAAUGAAA